GGUAAUGGCGCCAGUCCUGUCUCUGUGUGUUUAACUUUAGUGCAGCGCCGCCCGCCCGCCACUAUGAAACCCUCGAGUGUCGGGGAAAAUGUUAACUCACUAAGGGAAGUGAAGCAAGUCUGCACAACAAAUACACGAGUAGCGGAUGUUUGAAACGGUUUGGUCUCGUCUGAAACGCGACUAAAGAGGCAACAACACACCGAAAACUCGUCCAUCCUUUCCUAGUGCUCAAACCCGGAAACUGUCAAAUUAAACGGUCUCCUUGAUGUGCCAGGUAUUUCUUUUGGUGCAUCAGCCAAAAGAGACAUUCCUGUGUUGUUAUUUUAACCAUUAAACAUUUUUUAAAAUGAAUUCCCCCAUAAAAUAUAUCUAAAUCAGGGGUGUGUAACCUCCUUUAUUUUGAUAUAAAUUACUAAAGAAAGUUUGGUGCAUGUAAACAAACUUGUAGCCAGUACCGAGGUAUCACAUUGAUACAAAAAUUAUAUAAAAAUCCAAUAAUGUUGUAAAGCUGUCCUGUUAAAACACUGCCUGCAAUGGUUUUCUAUUGUUACCGUAUAUGGCAACUAAAUCACUUCCCUCCCAUGUGAUUAAACCUUUGGCCCAUGUGGACAGCACAUUGGAGGCCACCAGAGCACCAGUGUGCAUUACAAUAUGCCAAGUGUAAAGUAUAUUCAAUAAACUUGUCAUUGUGUCCAUCAGAGUUCAUAUAGCAUUUGUAAAAACCUAAAAUGACAUAAAAAAAACACUUUUAAGGCAGGAGACAUUUUCACAUAAGUGAGAGGGGGACUCAAGCACACACACACGUACACACAGUUUUGUAAUAUUGACAGAGCAGCCGCCUCACAGAUAAAAGCGACCUGCUGGGGGAUUUCUGAGUAAAGACCAGUGAAGACCAGAGGGACAUCCAGACAUGCUUUUUAAUGACGAGGACAGCACAGAUGGAAAAUCAUUUCAUCAUCAUCAUAACACAGGAACCAAAGGAUCCAUGUGCACGGUCAGAGUUGGGUCCAGAAGUCUUCCACUGUAUCCGAUGGUUAUCGUGUGUUUAGGAGUAUUAAACACUAUUCUGAUGUUAACUGCUGUUGUUAUUGGGAUUUACUGUGGCAAAGCCAAUCAGUUACCCGCUCCCCACCAAAUGACAGUACAAGCCCUCUUCGUAGAGGUGAAGGAACUUCAGAUAAUGCAGACUGAGGCGAUCAAAGCUCAAGAAGAGGCCCAACAAGCAUUAAAGAAAGAGCUCAUGAGCCACAAGGAGCUGAAACUGCAGUUAGAGCAGAACAAGACCACCAAUGACGGCCUCCAGAGGCAGAUUGAGACGCUACAACUGCAGAGGGCAACAGUGCUGGCCGACACAGCCAAGAGCCGGGAAAGUUGUGGACGAUGUCAGUCUGGAUGGUUUUUAUUCAACACGUCGUGCUACUUCCAUUCUAAAUCUGCAUCCCUUCCCUCAAAGAACUGGCCAGACAGCAGGGCGGACUGUAUCAGACGCGGGGCCAAUCUGACUGUGAUAGAUAGCUUGGAAGAGCAGCUAAAUCUUUUUGAGUACCUACCAAAACAGGAUCCAAGCAUUCGACCGUGGUGGAUCAGGGGAGGUGGGGUCUGGAUUGGCCUUACGGAUAUUCAGAAGGAGGGCAGUUGGAUGUGGUUAAAUAAUGUGACACUGCAGGGUGAAGGGUACUGGAUACAAGGGGAGCCCAACAACUAUGGACUACAGGGUGAGAACUGUGCAGCAUUUAUGAACGUUAAAAACCCUAGGGCAACAUGGUUUGACGCAAGUUGCCAAGAGAACAAGGACUGGUUAUGUGAAAUGGAACCCAACUACAUUACACUAAUUCUGCAGAUGGAGGCAAGCAGUUCAGUGGUCUGUAUCUACAACACUGCAGUCAUGGAGAAUUCACAGAAAAGGGCAAAUGACAACAAAAAUGGAAAUUUCCGCACUUAUUUUGAAACAUUUUGGCAAGGUGGUUUCACUUUUCCCAUCAUCCGACUGGUUAUACUCUGUCUGGGACUGUUGAACGUUGUUUUGCUGAUUGCUGCUGUUGUUAUUGGGAUAAAUUGUGCCAAAGUCAGAGAGGGUUCCCUCAAUGUUCCCCAAGCAGCUGCAACCCAGCUCAUCAUUGAGCUGGACUAUCUCCUGAGCAACCACAGCGAUGUGAUGAAAGCCAAAGAGGAGGCCAAGAACGAGUUAGACAGAGCGCUCAAAAACCAUGCACAACUAAAAGUGAAAAUUGAGGAGCUGAAGACCAUCAAUGACAAUUAUCAGAGGCAGAUUGAGGUCCUGCGAACAGAGAAGACCAAUCUGCAGGCCAAUGUAUCAGCUUUGGAAGGAAAUUGUGGCAGAUGCCACCCUGGAUGGACUUUUUACAACUCAUCCUGCUAUUUCUUUUCCUACACUGAGUUACCUAAUGUCAAAAAGAACUGGCCAGAUAGCAGAACAGACUGUGGUAAUCGUGGAGCCGACCUGAUUGUGAUCGAUAACCAGGAGGAGCAGAAAUUUGUGAGUGAAAUAAUUGAAAGUGUAAGAAAUGCACGUCAAGUCUGGGAAAGUGGAUACUGGAUUGGUCUCACUGACGCAGCGACAGAGGCGACAUGGGUCUGGAUUAAUAAUGUCACAGAGGUGGAACAAAGGUAUUGGAUGGAUGGAGAACCAAAUAACCAUGGACACAUGGGAGAAGACUGUGGGAUUGCAGUUUUUUCCGCCACUAAUCCCUGGAAGACCCGUUUUGAUGCCAAUUGUCAGCAGAAACAGAGUCACUGGUUAUGUGAAAUGAAAUCAAUCUAGAAUCAGGAACUGCUGCUCAAGCAGAAAACACAAGUAUUGUUUUGUAACUGUAACUAUAAAAUAAUAAAAUACCCCUAAGAUUGGUCU